GGUUCCGUUUGUUUUCGAUUUGCGCUCUUUGCCAUUUUGGCUUUUAUUAGGUCCGUUAAUUAGUUGUUGUGCGUGCGUGCGACAUCGGCAAGUGGCGCGCGAAAACCUGUUCCUAGACAUCCUGCCCAAGGACGGCAACAGUUACAAACAAUUUUCAGUAUUAUGCCGAUGAGCCCUUCUUGAUACUACAGACAUACAAACAACUCGAUUAUCUUUGCGCCAAUGUGUUUAUAAAAUAAUAAAUAGUUCUUUCCUAAACUGAAAAAAGCUUCGAAAUCUCAAAAAUGGACUCUAAUCACAAGAAUCAUACUUCUAAGGAAAACCCCCGUGGCUCUGUGUCCUCCAUUAAAUCGCUAGAGGUACCACCCACACCAACGCGAUCGCCGAAGAAGGUAUCUUUCUCGGACGAUUUUCCUUUUAUUGAAACAAACGCCACGGCGCCGCCCACUAGCACCACCGCAACUGAUGUGAGUAAUGACAGCAGCGAAGUCAACGAUCACAACAACAGUGUAUUUACAGCGCCGAGCUCCGUCACCGAAGAGGAGCUAACCGCCGUAAAUCACGUGCUGUUGCAGGCGGCACAAUAUCUGGAACAAUUACACGGCGCUCGAGAUCACCAGCCAGAGCCAUAUAGCCCACCACCAACAAGCCACAAAGAAAUCAGCACAAGCAGCAAGCAAAUAAAUCUCAAGCAGCCACCACAGAAAGUAAAGCGACUCGCUAAAGUCGGUGGUGGCGGUGGAGCUUCUGCAGUACCAAAUGUAAGAGCGCAAGAAACAAAUACCAGCGAUGAGGAAUUGGAUAAAGUGGAAGUGCAUAAAUUACCCAACGUCAACACAACCACGCCAACAACAGCGGUAACAUCAGCAACAACAACAGCAACAGCUAACAAUGUAAGCGUAUCACCUGCUGUGAUUGAAUUAGACAACAACAUCGAACAAUCGACUAUAGCGCAGGCACAAGAACAAAAACAGAACCAGAACCAAAACCAAAUAAUCAAAUCACAGUCAAUAGUUUCUACAAAUACCGCAGCAACCUCCGGCGCAGCUCCGAGAAAGACAUUCACCACCACCCUCAGCAACGUGCAGCUGGCGGAACCAACUACCUCGGCACAAUUAGAAGAGAUAAGCGAAGAGCAGUCUCACGUGGCCCGAUACAUUGACCGCUACAACCUCAAUUUAGAUAAGAAUUUCAGCGCGAUGGAAGUGGAGGCGAGGCGUGAAAAACUGCGCUGGCUACUCAUAUCCGAGUGUAGCGCACUGCUCGCGGAGGGCAAGCACACUCGUGAGGCAUUCCGGAAACUGGUACUGGAAAAGGAAUUCCAACAAAAGUUCUUCCACCUCUUCGAUCUCGAGGGAAACGGUUACUUGGUGCAGGAUCGUUGGAUUGAACAUUUAAAGGGACGUUUAACCGAUGAUAGACAAAUGGAUUUCGCCGAACAACUCGAGUCUGUGGCAUAUGUGAUUUGUGGGGAGAACAGUAAGAUCACGCCGAAGAACUUUACAGAAAUUUGGCAAGCGCGUGGUAUCCUGGAUAAACUAUACCGUCUGAUCGAUGUUGAUGGCACGAAUCUGAUAUCCACAAAUCAAAUAAUGGAAUUCAUUUCACACCUGACCAAUACACGGCCACGCACCGGUUUUGAUAAGAGCUCCCUGGUGCGUCUGGAGCAACUCUUUCGCAGCACUGUGGGCAAUGAACGGGAGAUACGACGUGAGGAAUUUCAGAAAAUAGUAACAUCGAAAAACCCAUUCUUUACCGAUCGUGUCUUUCAAAUAUUCGACAAGGAUAACUCGGGUUCGAUAUCUUUGCAAGAGUUCAUUGAUGCCAUACAUCAAUUCUCCGGCCAGUCAGCGGAUGAUAAAAUACGUUUCCUAUUCAAAGUAUACGAUAUCGAUGGUGACGGUCUGAUACAGCACAAGGAACUGCAUGAUGUGAUACGCGCCUGCAUGGAGGAAAAUGGUAUGGAAUUCUCCGAUGAGCAAAUUGAAGAUCUGACAACAGCCAUGUUUGAAGAUGCGGAUCCGUACAAUCGUGGUGAAAUCACUUAUGAAGCUUUAAAAAAUCAAAUUUGCAAACAUGGCGGAUUAUUAGAAAACCUCAGUAUUACCAUAGAUCGUUGGCUUGUGCCCAUGACGCAGGAGACUCCUAAACCGAAGUCCAAAUGUCCGCGACUGCGCUUUGACAAGCCACAUCAACUUACUUUGGCCUACAUGAAAAAUAACCAAGCCUUCGUUUCAUAUCUGUACAUCUAUAUUGCCAUAAAUUUGUGCCUUUUCAUCUCACGAGCCAUCCAGUAUCGAGCGAGCAAUGGAUUUGUGAUUGUUGCGCGUGCAUGUGGACAAUGUCUGAAUUUCAAUUGUGCCUGGAUAUUAGUACUAAUGUUGCGACAUUCUCUUACGUAUCUGCGUUCUCAGGGGCUUUCUUCGUACCUGCCUCUGGAUAACCACAUCUAUCUUCACAAACUGACGGGCAUUGUCGUGUCAAUCCUGAGUCUGCUUCAUACCAUCGCUCAUCUUUUCAAUUUCUCCAUAAUUGUGGUGAACGAUCCGAAAAUCAAUGCUGGCCACUACACAAUCGGCGAAUGGCUGCUAACCGAUCGUCCAGGGCUGUUCGGUCUCAUACCGGGCUGUGCCAACCCUACAGGUUUAGCGCUACUAAUUAUCCUGUUAAUAAUGUUCAUUUGCUCCCAGCCAUUUGUACGCCGCAAGGGGUCCUUCGAAGUCUUCUAUUGGACCCAUCUAUUGUAUAUUCCAUUUUGGAUUCUACUAUUGUUUCAUGGUCCGAAUUUCUGGAAGUGGUUUUUGGUACCAGGGUUGGUGUACAUAGUAGAGCGUAUAUUGCGUUUUGUCUGGAUGAAAAGCGAACAUGGAAAAACCUAUAUCAGUUCCGGUUUGCUUUUACCAUCCAAAGUUAUACAUUUGGUCAUUAAGCGUCCAUUUAACUUCAAUUUCCGUCCUGGUGAUUAUGUCUUCGUUAAUAUACCAGUUAUUGCCAACUACGAAUGGCACCCCUUCACAAUUAGUUCAGCACCGGAACAGGAGGAUUACAUGUGGCUACACAUACGCACUGUAGGCGAAUGGACCAAUCGAUUGUAUCAAUAUUUCGAGAAAGAACAGCAGAAACUGCAAAAUGGCGAAAUCAUACAGCACCGACAUGCGAUUCCCACCGACUUGGUGUGUAUUACCAACAAAACUGAGUCAAAAACAUCGGCAACGCCGCAAAUCGAUUUUCUUGCUCAAAAUCUAGCACGCUUACAUGGCAAACCCGGUGCAAAUGAUUCAGUAUUACUACCUAGUAAAGGUGCAAAUCAAAUGCAAAACGUUCCCCUCAAACCCGCGCGACACAUACAACAACCCUCAAAAUUGGCCAUUGACAAUACAAAUGCCCGCAAUGAGAACGAUAUUGGAUCUACGAAACACGCAGAUCGUAUACGGAGCAUUAAGAGGACGCUGCAACGUACCUUCUCUCGCAAGGAUGUGCCUGCGAAAACGGAGAUCGAUGGUCACUGGAAUGAAGGUUUUGUAGGUGAUCAAGUGGAUUCCGUCCAGAAGCCAUUGGACAAACGCUUACAAAAGUUAAACUCUCGUAAACCACAGCUCGAAAAGAGCCUCUCACUACCAGAUAUGGCCAUCAAGUCUAAAAAGAAGGAACGCCUCAAAGCUUUACGAGCGCUCGGUCGUUCGGAAUCUGAAAGGUCUUUCGAUGAGUCACGUGUCAGACGUGCGCGACUUCAGAGCGGAGGUUUAGCCUACUUAAGCCCUCAAAAUAAAUCGCUUGCACAGAGUUUUCGCUACAUGCGCAAUAAGCCGACAAUAAUUGCCUUUAAAACACCAAGCUUAGAGGAAGCCGAACCAGAUUUUACGGCAACACCGAGAGGCAACAUGGAUACAUACAGGGAGCUAGAAGAAGGAAAAGGAAAUGGAGUUGACAAGACCGACAGCACGACAAUUGAAAUAUCCGAAGCCAGCGUGUCCAAACCAUUGGAAGAUGCAACAGCGCGAACUAAAGUUGGUCGUUUUCGCAGACCGACCUUUUUGCGUUCCCUUUCGACAUCCAUCAAAAAUCGCGGUAGCAAUGGCAGUCUACCACCACAGGGCAACCAUAACACGGGUAGCAAGGUUACACUAGACGCUGGCGUAUUAGAGAUCUUCAUCGAUGGUCCAUAUGGGGCGCCGUCGAGUCAUAUAUUUGGCGCUCAACACGCUGUGCUCAUCGGCACUGGUAUCGGCGUCACGCCAUUCGCAUCUAUUUUGCAGUCCAUAAUGCAUCGUUACUGGAAGGCUCGGCACACCUGUCCGCGUUGUCAUUUUGAGUGGGCCAGUGAUAUACCUAAAACGGUGAUGAAUUUGCGUAAGGUGGACUUCUUUUGGAUCAACCGCGAUCAGCGCUCAUUCGAGUGGUUUGUAAAUUUAUUGUCACAGCUGGAAAUCGAACAGGCUGAGCUGGGUGGACCAAUGGAGAGAUUCCUAGAUAUGCAUAUGUACAUAACCAGUGCCCUGCAGCGCACCGAUAUGAAGGCAGUGGGGCUGCAAUUGGCUUUAGAUUUACUACAUGAAAAGGGCAAGCGAGAUCUCAUUACUGGUCUGAAGACGCGCACGAAUGCCGGUCGUCCAAACUGGGAUAAAGUGUUUAAGCAGCUGCAGGCGCAGAAGAAGGGCAAGGUAACGGUAUUCUACUGUGGUCCACCGCAACUAGGCAAAACACUGCGCUACAAAUGCGAUCAGUACGGCUUUGCAUUCCGCAAAGAAUGUUUUUAAUUUAUAAGUCAAACAUAUAAUUUUUUUAUUGUAUUAUUAUUGUGUUUUCUUAUUAUUAUUAAAAGCUUUUUGUUAUUUUUUUAACAACUAAGCUGGGUUUGGUUUUAAAAUAAACUUUAUUGUAAAGCUUAGCCUUAAAUGCCUCAUAACGGUACAUUGUUGUCUGUUUAAGAAUUUGAUGUAUGCUUAAAAAAUAUUUAACUUAAAAACCUUUGAUGAAAUAUUUAUAAACUAUGUAAAUAUAAAACUCGGUUUGUCCGUAAUUCAUUUAAAUUAAAUAAAACUAAAGAUAUGUAUAGCUUCAA